UGUACGAGUGUCCCCGGAAGUAAAUCCCUGCACGUGUAGCAUAUACAACCUUGAGAAGACUACAAAACAACUAGCUGGUAUCUUUUGUCUGAGAACAAACCGUCUCAGAGAUGCCAGUGACAAGACUGCUAUACCCUCUCUAUCAGCUGGGAAACCCUCAGCUGAGGAUCUUCAGACCCAACUGGUUCCUGACUCUGGUGAGGCCGGGAAAAGAGCAGCCCCCUGACACUGUCCAAUUUCGCGUCGCAAUGGAAAUGACCAAAUAUGAUGUGAAGAACUACUUGGAGAAGAUCUACAAUGUCCCUGUAGGAUCGGUCCGCACCAGGAUACAGUUUGGCAACAACAGGAAGAGGAAUCACAUGAACCAGAGGGUUAAGCAGCCUGACUAUAAAGUAGCCUAUGUUCAACUGGCUCAGGGCCAGACGUUCUCCUUCCCUGACAUCUUCCCGCAAAAGGAUGCGACGUCGGCGGAGGGCUCCAUUGAAGAGAUGCAGGAGAAGUUCAUGGAGGACGAGAAGCAGAGGCAGAAACCCGACCCCAGGAGAGGAGGGGUCACGGAGUGGUUCGGACUCUGAGGCAGCCCACUGAUGGCCGGGAACUCUGCGCUCAUAUGUGCGCGUGGGCGUUUCAUUGGGAGCGACAUAUAUUGAUUUACAACGCGCCUGCUGUGAUGUCACUUCUAUUUCUGUAAGAUAGUGCUCACAAGUGUGUAGUAGAAGAAGAAUGAGCAUGUGUGUGGGAGACCGGAGACAUGUGUUUGGUGUGUGUGAGUGUGCAUGUGAGUUUGCGAGGAUUCGGUCCAGUAACUCGAGCCAGAACAGAAUCAGAGGAGGAGGAGGAGGUGGAGCAGGAGGAGGAGGAGGAGGAGGAGAGUGGCCGGGCUCCAUCUUUCAUGAAACCAGCCCACCGUACAGAAUCACCAUCACCUCAGAUGACCUACUCUCCUUCCUCCUCCCACGCUUCCUGAUCUACCAUCUCCUCCUUUUGCCCCUCCUCUUUGCCACCAGCACCUCCGCACCCCUUGUUUAUUUGUCACUUCUCUUUCCUCAGGAGUUUUUUUUUUCCUUCUCAUAUGUCUCCCUCUCUCUCCUACGCUCCUCUUCCUCUUCCACGCUGGGGAGGAGUAUAGUGUGCCAUCCCUAGUAGCCCUGACUCUCAGCCAGCUGGAUCAGACUACCUGGACAACCCACAUCCUUUCCUCUUUUAUGAGUUUGCCUCGGAUUAAUUGACCACUUUAGGUAAACAACAAUUGAGAUGUUGUUUCAGCAAAGCAACGACAUGGAAUUUGCUGGAGUGUUUUAUUAUUUUGUGGUAGCACCUCUUGCCAUAAUUCUGAGAGAAGAUUAUACCCAGUGUUUAUGUGUGUGUGUGUUUUUGCCUAGCACGCGGGACUUGCCAGUGAAUCUGUCUAAUUGUAAGUGCUGUUGGAAUAAGAACUAAUAAACGGUCACUUGUCCAAAA